ACAAAACACAACGCUCAUAAAUAGGCGUUACCUCGGUCUUGUGAUAGAAGGAAAUAAAAAGUGCUCUUUCCAAUCUGAGCGGUAGACAGAAGCUCGUCAAAGGUUAAAAAAGGGAAAGAAACAUGGAUGUCCGGACUGGUUUAAUCGCUUUGUUCUGCUUGAUGGGAUUCACCUGUGCGGAUCCAGUGAAAUACAUAGACUGUGGCUCCUCUUCUGGCAAAGUGACCAUAGUGGACAUUAACCCUUGUGCCAAUCAGCCCUGCCAGCUACACAAAGGACAGUCCUACAGCGUCAAUGUGACUUUCAACAGUGCUGUGGAGAGCCAGACAAGCAAGGCGGUGGUCCAUGGAAUAAUCGCCGGAGUCCCCGUCCCCUUCCCCAUUCCCAUUGAAGACGGCUGCAAGUCUGGAAUCCAGUGUCCCAUCCAGAAGCAGCAGAACUAUCACUAUCUGAACUCCCUACCUGUGAAGUCCGAGUAUCCCGCAAUAAAGCUGGUUGUGAAGUGGGAACUGAGAGACGACAACGACAAAGACUUGUUCUGCAUCAAGUUUCCAGUUCAGAUUGUGAACUAAGCAGCCAACAGUACCUCUGACACGUGUUUUUGUUGUUUUAUUUAAAGGGAUUCAAAUGAGUAAAAGAACUAGAAUAUAAAUGAUUCUUGUUAAGAUCUCAUUUUAUUCAUUCAUCAAAAUGAUUUUAAGAUGUAUGUCGUUCACUAGUUUGCAAGACUCUGCUGCACACUCUCACCUCAAAUACUGCUGAAUUAAAGACAGGGUUUGUUAUCUGCAUAACAGUUGCUUUUUUUUUUUUUUUUUUAAGUUGUGGAUGUGAAAUAAUGCGGUCAACGUUUGCAUGAACAACCCUGGUUUGUGAACUACAUUCCACUGCAGUGCAAAUGUCUUGUCUAACUGGCUGCUGUGUAGUCAGAAAAAGUACAAACUGUACAUUUUUCUUUACUGAAGCUUUUGUAAAAUUUUCUUACUGACCUUGUGAUACUAGACAUAUGGAAUUGGAAAUUAUAAAUGACUGAAAAGUAAACUAAUAAAGAAAUCUAUGUACCAUUACA